AAAAAAUAAGCCCCAGAGCUGUAUUCAAAAGGUGAAGUGGACCCAGUUACAUAGUAGUUUAUCAUGGUAGAAUUUUUUUCUGAAAACAAUGGGCUUAUUUUCUUGUUCUCUACUUUCAGGACGCAUUGGCUUUAUUUAAUGUACAUACUUUUAUAUUUACACACUUUCAUGUAUUUUAUAUGGUUAUACUGUAUACUUUUAAAAAUCUGUGUGUAAGUGGACCCUUGGUGUUCAAGGAUCAGCUGCACUUGGUAUUUCCUAAAUGCUCUCAGGGGUUGUCUGGGGUCUCCUUUGGUGCCUCUGAGGUUUUACCAGGGUCAGGAAGUUGUGCUCUGGAAGAAGCACAGGUUGGACUGGAGGUGGUGUCUUGCUCACUGGAACGACAGCACCAGGGUGGUUGGGGUGCAGCUGGCACCAGGUGCUGGGUUGGGACCAAGUCUGCUCUCUGCCUGUGACAUCACUAGCACCUGGUGCCUCCUUUCCUGGUCUGUAAGCUGGGGUGACAGUGAUGACCUAGCAGAGCCCCCACCUCUGCUUAGGGUGGGUGAGCAAGUGCAUGCACACUGGGCUCACUCGGGCCUGGCUGGGAGCCCACGUCCCAGCCUCAGUUGCUGUCCCUCCUGUGUGGACACCUCUGCUCAGGAGCACAGAGAUGGACGGGACCAACAGCAGCAGCCAGGGCCGCUUCGUCCUCCUGGGUUUCUCUGACCGCCCCCACCUGGAGAGGGUCCUCUUUGUGGUCAUCCUGGUGGCCUACGUGCUGACCCUGGUGGGCAACAGCACCAUCAUCCUGGUGUGUCGGCUGGACCCCCGGCUCCGCACACCCAUGUACUUCUUCCUCGGCCACCUGUCCUUCCUGGACCUCGGCUUCACCUCCAGCUCCAUCCCCCAGCUGCUCUACAACCUGAGUGGCCGCGACAAGACCAUCAGCUCCUCGGGCUGUGGGGUGCAGCUCUUCCUGUUCCUGGGCCUGGGCGGGGUGGAGUGCCUGCUGCUGGCCGCCAUGGCCUACGACAGGUUCGUGGCCGUCUGCAAGCCCCUGCACUACACGGUGAUCAUGAGUCCCAGGCUCUGCCUGGGCUUGGUGUCGGUGGCCUGGGGCUGCGGGGUGGCCAACUCCCUGGUCAUGUCCCCACUGACCCUGCGAUUACCCCGCUGUGGGCACAACAAGGUGGACCACUUCCUGUGUGAGAUGCCGGCCCUGAUCCGCAUGGCCUGCGUCAGCACAGUGGCCAUGGAAGGCGCUGUCUUCGUCCUGGCCAUAGGCAUCGUGCUGUGCCCCCUGGUCUUCAUCCUGGGCUCCUACGGCCACAUCGUCAGGGCUGUGUGCAGAAUCCAGUCGUCCUCAGGAAGGCACAGAGUCUUCAACACCUGUGGCUCCCACCUCACCGUGGUCUCGCUCUUCUACGGGAACAUCAUCUACAUGUACAUGCAGCCCGGAAAGCACUCCUCCCAGGACCAGGGCAAGUUCCUCACGCUCUUCUACAACAUGGUCACCCCACUGCUCAACCCCCUGAUCUACACCCUCAGGAACAAGGAGGUGAAGGGGGCGCUCGGGAGGCUGCUGCUGGGAGCCAGAGGCGGGGGUAAGGUCUGAAGCCGGGGAGAGCGUCACCCAGCUCGGGGUGGCUCCCCGGGGCCACUGCUGCCUUGGUGUGCAGCAGAUCUGGCCUCAGCCCGCAGCGCCCAGCACCCUGUGGGCUGCCUUCCUGCGCCUGCCCAAGGCCAGCGUGGUGUGUGUGAGGGAAGAGCCCAGGGUCCUCAGGGUCACCUGGACCAGAAGACCAGACCCCAGCUGCCCCAGGCCCUGAGGCAGCCCCGCUGAGCUCUGCCUCUGCCGCUUGCUUUCUGCUCACAGUCGGUCUCAGCACUUUAGCUGGAACCACCCGGCUCCGCCAGGGCUCUGGGCGAACCAUGCUCUUCAUGG